AUAAAUAAAUAAAUAAAUAAAUAAAUAAAUAAAUAAAUAAAUAAAUGAAUAAAUGAAUAAAUGAAUACGUCAUUAUUAUAAAUGCUAGAAGGCUUUGGGUAGCUUGGGUAGUCUUGGGUAAUUGUACAGAUCGCUGAAAAAGUUCACGCAGUGAGUAAAUCCGCCUCAUGCAUUAGUUAUCUCUAGGAAAUUUAAUGUAUAAAUCUUAAUAUAUAAUUAAAAUUUGUAAAGUGUAAAGUAGAAAUCGUGGUAAUUAUUUCUAUAUAUAAUGCAAUAAAUACUAAUUAAUGUGUGUGUUAAUAAAGAAGAUUUAUAUUAUAGCGUAGUGAAAUAGAGUUGUUUACGUUGGGUUGGGAUCCACUCACCGAGAGCCAGCAGCGUGUACCUCAUACUACCACAAAAGCUGCAAUUGCUGUAGGCGCCUAAACCCUACAACGACAGCAAGUCACCAUUAACAGGACGAGGGCCACUAUUCCAUAAACCAGGACCUCCAAGUGUACUAAGAGAUGGGUAUUGUAAAGAUGGAUGCAACAUCAGGGAGCUCCUCCUUGGACCCAGCUCAUCACACGAUAUGCUCCCAGCAUGCCGAUACCUCACCUUCAAACAUUACCUCAGACUCCAUUACCACCAAAAUUACUGAUGUUGUCUUUGUUGCCACCAAUGAAGCUGUGAUGGUACCUAAUGCAGUCAUUACAGACCAGGUUUUGGACACCAUGCAUAAGAUCAAUAAUAUAUCAUGCUUGGCUUCAGAUAUCACAACUGCAAGCACCACCUCAAAUAAAGAUACUUUGAGUGUAACUGUAGCUAACACAGUCACAGCCAAAGCUACCUCAGAUGCUUCAAAUACAGCUAGUAAUAAAUUAACCAUUAUACGUUCAGAUAUCACUGACAAAUUCUCAGGCAUUACUAGUACCCAGAGUAUAAUCAUGGAUGCCAUGGAUAUAGAAGACUCCUUUACAUAUGCAGCCCAAGCUACCACUGACAUAUCUCAAGCCACCACACAACCUGAAGCCGACAGAAGCACACACCAAGCUACCAUGGACACACACAAAGUCAUUGUGGACAUGCACCAAACCACAGUGGACAUGCACCAAGCUACUGUGGACACCCAUCAAGCUGCCAUGGACACACACCAAGCCACCACUGACACACACCAAGCCACUGUGAACAUGCACCAAGCCAUCGUGGACACACACCAAGCCACCACUGACACACACCAAGCCACUGUGAACAUGCACCAAGCUACUGAGGACACACAUCAAGCUGCUGUUAACACACACCAAGCUGCCAUGGACACACACCAAGCCACCAAGGACACACACCAAACCACUGUGGACAUGCACCAAGCCAUCGUGGACACACACCAAGCUACUGCACACACACAUCAAGGUGCUGUUAACACACACCAAGCUACCACGGACACACACCAAGCCGCUGUAGACACACACCAAGCUACUGCACACACACAUCAAGGUGCUGUUAACACACACCAAGCUACCACGGACACACACCAAGCCGCUGUAGACACACACCAAGCCACUGUGGAUGCACCCAAAACCACUGUGGAUGCACACCAAGCUAUCACGGACACACAUCAUGCUACAGUGGACACAACCCAAGCUGCCAUGGGCAUGAUCCAAGCCACCGCAGGCACAACCCAAGCUGCCACAGACACGACCCAAACCACUAUCGUCUCGGUUAUAAUACCUAUUAAUACAACUUCUAUUACAGCAGCUUCAAUCACUGCUGAAACUUUCACAGCUACAAAGCAUACGGUGUCACACCAGAGAGACAAAGUUGCAGUAGUAAGAGAGAGAGCUCAUGCAAACACAGCACCAGUAAUCGUACCAUCAAUUGGAUCAGCAGCAUCAACAGUACCAGUAAUCACAGACAAAGAAAUAACAGUAAACAAAGCAUCACAACCAACACAUCCUAGACCAGUAAUGGGAGAAAAAACUUACUCGGCUUCAAUGAGCCCUCAGAUUGUAGCUGGUGUGUCCAUACCACUGUCCCCUAUUAAUAUUCAGCACACACUACAAACUAAUUGUACUCCAAUGGAAGAUGAUAAUGCAGUCGAGUGUCUCCGAUCUUCAACUUCUAAGGAAAGAAUAACCUCGACAAGUAAUGCAUUGUCACUUUUAACUUGCUAUGGAAUGUCUGACAGUGAAGAUGACUGUGAUGUGGAUGAUAACAUGGAAACAAAUUGUGAUAAUGUUGCAAAUGAAGUUGAGACCAUUGAAACAGCAGUGAAUGUUGCUUCAAAUGCAUCUUUUGAGUUUCCAUUUGAAAAUACAGUCCCAACACUCAACCAGCAGGCCCUUCCAAAAGUAAAUGGUGAUGACUGUACCAUAGUAGGUGUAAUGGAGCAAAAUAUUAAUUGUAGAACUGAAACAAUUAAUAGUGGAAGUGAGACAUCAGAACUUUGUAUCACCGAGCCUAGCAGCUACAGAUAUGUAAUAGAUGUUGGAAGUGAUUCUGAAGACUCGGAAAAUGACUCGUCAUUGUCAUCAUCAUCAUCGUCAUUGUCAUCAUCUUCAUCAGAGAGUGAUAGUUCUUCAGAUGAGAGUGAAGAAAGUCCAAUAGACUUCAAAAGGGAAAAAAUUACUUUAGAUAAAGAGAAAUGUGAGUUGCAGAAGAAGCGUUCAUCUAGGCGUAAGCUGCUUACAACAGGAGAACUUCUCAUAGAGGACCUUCCACCAAUUGAUGACUUGCACAUAUCUGUUCCUGAGGAAAAGGCCAAACCUAUUGGAUUAAUAUUGAACAUUGUGGAGCAGCAAGUGGUAGUGGCAGCCUUUACAAACAUACCACCCAUUGAUUUGGAUACAGUGCUCUUCCUGGAUCAUGGCCAGAGAACGCUUGGACACGUAUUUGAUGUUUUUGGUCCUGUCCAGGAACCAUUUUAUGUGGUGCGUUUUAAUUCUGCUGAGCAUGUGAAAGACCAGAAGAUUGAAAAGGGAGAUCUUGUCUAUUUUGCACCGAGCACAGAGCACACCAACUAUGUUCUUGUUAAUGAUCUAAUGAGGAUGAAGGGUACAGAUGCCUCUGGCUUGGCAGGUAAUGAACUGCCAGCUUCUGAAGUCCAAGAUUUCUCAGAUGAUGAAGAAGAGGUAACAAUAUUGAGAGGGGAUAAGCAAAACCAGUACACAUCUUCGACAAACGAAUUUCAGCCACAGACAAAACGUUGUCGAGGGCAAGCUCAUGUUCAGUUUCAUGGCCGUGAAUUCAGGAAUGAAAAUGGCAAUGUUAAUCCAUUUCGUCGGCGAAUUAUGGUUUCCAGAGCUCCCACCAGGUUUGGCCACCCAUCCACAAUGCACCCAAGAUUUGGACCACAUCGUUCUUCUCUUUUUCCCAUUACUCGCCCUGAUUACAAUCAGUGUUCUCCUAACUUUCAACAAGCCCAAAGAAGGCCUCAGAAUCCUGGGGCAUUUGAACCAAGAUCAUUUUCCAACUUGCAGAACCAGGUACAAGUGGCUGGUAAUCAAGGCAUGUCUGUGAUCUCUAAUAAAGUUCACGGAUAUCACAACGGUCCUCCCCCUGACACAGCUGCUUGGCCCCAGUCACCACAUUACCGGUUUGGAGGACCUCCGCAAUUUAACAGUCCCAGUGAACACUUUCUACAUGGACUUUCAGGACUUCCAUGCCCUCCACCCUCCUCUUUAGACAAUUCAUUUAAUCUUGGAAGCCCACUUAGAUGUUAUGAUGAAGUAAUGCAAUCGUCUGAAGUUGAAUGUGUCGGUGAUUUAAACAGAGGGUGGUACGCUCAACAUGACGUGACACAUCCUAUGCCACUGUCUUCAGAACAAUACACACCAUCUGCUUUGGCACACAGUAAAGUGCCACCUCCUCCACCAGACAACUUGUUUCAAACAUACCAAAAUAUGUCGCUGCCACAUAUCAUGCAACGAUCACAUGGUAUGCCACCACCACCACCACCACCACCCUCACCACAAAGUAUGCCACCACCGCCACCACCACCACCACACAGUAUGCCACCACCACCUCUACCACACAGUAUGCCACCACCACCUCCACCACACAGUAUGCCACCACCACCACCACCUCCAUCACACAGUAUGCCACCACCACCUCCACCACACAGUAUGCAACGACCUCCAUCACACAGUAUGCCACCACCACCACCUCCAUCACAUAGUAUGCCACCACCAUCACACAGUAUGCCACCACCACCACACAGUAUGCUGCCAUCAUCGCAUAGUGUGCCCCCGCCAAAUCCACCUUCACCGCACAGUAUAACCCCUCCAUCACAUAAUAUGAAUCCACCACACAGUAUGUCACAAUUACCUCUAUCACUUUACAGUAUGACACCACCACAUAACAUGCCACCUCCAUCCCUAGUACAUCACUUGUCAUCAUCACACCAUCAAUCACCUACACCACCACUUCAUGUGCAAUUUGAUAUCACCCGAGCUCCACCCCCUAUGCCUCCUGCAAGCUUUUAACUAAAUGAUAGUAUUCGUUAGGGCUGAGCAUGUAGAUUAACAAUUUCUCCCUUAUUUGAAUUUUGUGGAUCUACUUGUCGGGGGGUCCUGCUGCCUGGGUAACAGCUUCUCCUCCUUAUCAACCUACCCAGGCUUUACGCCCUGGAGAGGUCACUCCAGACCGACAACCAGAGCGCAACACCAUAGUCUCCUGAGAUUGAUGGCUACCUACUACUACUACUUGACGUUACUGAUUACACUUUGGUUUCCAGUUGUUGGACAGAAAAGUUGUUAUCCAGAUCCCCCUUAGGGCCAACAACCGAGCUUUCCCAGGAUACAACCCACAACAUUUGUUUAACUUCCAGGAACCUUCUUAUUGUUAGGUAAACAGAGGCAUCAGGUGUUUAAAAUUUAGAAUUGCUGUUUACUGUUGGACAGAUCCCGAUGCAAAUCACGUGGCAUUUCCAAUUGCUUGAACUACUUAAGAAAUAUGUCCGAAUAAAUUCUUCUCUGGAGAGCCCCUUGGUGUGUUCCUGUUUACAGCAAUCUCACUGGGAUUGCUGUACACUACAUGCUAUAUCUCUCGCAAGAGUUCUGUUUGGCUUACUGGGAACCAGAACCAGAACCUGGCCUCCUCACAAAGGUGCAGAGAGCAAAUGACAUUCUGCCAUCUCGCUGGCAAAGCAUCCAGAAAAAUCAAUGAGGCUUGACAGACAACAGCUGGGUUCACAAAACUAAGAGCUUUGAAAUUGCCAAGCAAUUCCACAGACAAAUAAACCAAAGCAAAACAAUACAUUUGAAGCUAGUUCGAGCUCUUUAGAACUGGUCACCACUACAAGGUGGCCUGGAAGUCAGUCCUCUGCCAGCUUGCCACUCAGUUGUAUUGCUGAUGUGUUGCUGUGUGCAACACAGUAGUGCUCCUUGGUUGCCAUCUCUUUCAGUGGGUCCCAGUGUUUCUGAGCUAAGUGCUGGCCAUCCUAGAACUUGUUCUGUGGGGGUCAUUGCUUGUAUAUCCUUUGAAUAUUGAUUAACUUCAAGGCAUGUUUUUGUUUUUAUCUAUUGUUGUUGUGUGGACUUGACUUUUUGUACUUUGAACUGCAUGCAUCCAACAGUUACUUUCAUGGGUGUUCAUUUAGUGCUGCUCUUGAAAUAACUAGAAUGACUUCUCUUGUGUGUUUGGGAGUUCCCUUUCAAGGCCCGGCCACCAGGGUGGAAUGCCUUACCCCGGGUAAUUCAAGAGUAAUUUGACUCCUCCGUGUAGGCUCUUGGUUGGGGGCAUUCAAGUCAGUAGUGUUGGGGUUCACUUGGGGUUCAUGUAUUUUGUUUAUAUAGCAUGCUGCAGUCGCCAUUUGUAGUCUUAGUUCAUUAUGCUGUUUUUGGUUCCUGUUCUUUUGGUAUUUGGAGCCGGUCGGCCGAGCGAACAGCACACUGGACUUGUGAUCCUGUGGUCCUGGGUUCGAUCCCAGGCGCCGGCGAGAAACAAUGGGCAAAAGUUUCUUUCACCCUAUGCCCCUGUUACCUAGCAGUAAAAAUUAUGCAUAAACAAGAGCUCGUCAAGUUUGCCCAUUCCAUUUGCAAAUUUGAAGGGCAUUUGUCAUCUUUGCUAUGUGGCGAUGAUAAUCCUUUCUGCCUUCACCAUGCUACCAGUUGGGUCAGUGAUGCUUACGACCCCGAAUCCUGUGAGGUUUGUUCCCCCACAACUUCUGAUCCUGCUUCUGAAGUGGAAGCAUUUUAGGCAGCUGCUGCUGCUUACAGGCUUUGUUUGCCUGGGUUCAGUAAUUACCUAAGUGUAGUUACAGAAUGAGCGCUAUGCUCGUGGUGUCCCGUCUUCCCAGCACUAGUUAUACAUUAAAAUUAAAGACAUACGACGCUCUGAAAUUACUGACAGUUUUGGCCUCCACCACCACCUCACCUAACUUGUUCCAACUAUCUACCACUCUGAUUGCGAAAGUUAAUUUUCUUAUAUUCCUUCGGCAGCUUUGUUUACUUAGUUUAAAUCUAUGACCUCUUGUUCUUGAAGUUCCAGGUCUCAGGAAUUCAUCCCUAUUAAUAAUUUUAUCGAUUCUCGUUACUAUUUUGUACGUAGUGAUCAUAUCACCUGUUUUUCUUCUAUCUUUUAGUUUGGCAUUUUUAAUGCCUCUAACCUCUCCUCGUAGUUCUUGUCCUUCAGUUCUGGAAGCCAUUAAGU